GAAAUGUCAACCUGAUUGGUUCUAAUGAGGUGUUACAAUAUAUUGAUAAAGCAGUCAAUUCACGUGUAGUAUUAUCUGAGGUCAGAUCAUAUUUCAAUUGAAUAAAAGACAUAGUGUGUAAAAUCAUGUAAAAUAUUUGGCAAGACAAGCAGAUCUAAAAGCGUUUGCCUUCUACAUUCAUGUUCAUGGGCACAACAUGAUGGAUGACCAAGAGAACAGCAGACGUUUGAGAUCAGAAGAGAACUUUAAUAUAAAAUCUGACUGCUUAUUCUGCACAAAUUAUGCUAAAUCAAACAAAAAGAAAAGGGGUGGUGAUGUGUGGGAUGUUAAAACUUUAGAUUUUCAAGAUACAAUUAUUCGGAAAUGUAAAGAGAGAAAUGACUUGUGGGGUAUUGCUGUGCUUGGGCGAAUAGAACACAUUAUUGAUCUGCCUGGUGCUGAUGCAGUUUAUCAUCAAAUAUGCAAUACAAACUUCAGGACUGGAAAAGACAUACCUAUGAAAUACCAAUCAAAUACAAGUAAACGCCCAAAACUUAGUGCAAGAAGUCCGGGGAGGCCUAUCAAUAGAGAUCAACAAUUGGCAUUUGAUAAACUUGUGCGUUAUGUCGAAACAUCUGAAGGUAAAGUCAUAUCAGUGAGUGAUCUUGUCAAAAAAAUGACCGAACUUUGUGGUGACAAGUCUUAUACUGCAAAACAUAUGAAAAAUAAGCUUAUAGAACACUUUGGUUCUGAUAUUGUUAUUGGGAAUCUUGAUGGUAAAAGUGACAUCAUAACCUUAAAAACUACUGCAUCAAGUAUAAUUCAUAACUUUCACAAGAGGCAGCAAAAUGAACAGUCUGACGAACAAGAAAAUAUCAUAACAACUGCUGCUAAACUUAUCAAAAAUGACAUACAAUCAAUACAGUGUGAUAAAUCUUUCUACCCUUCAUCAGAAAAUGUUAAAUCACUUAAAGAAAAUUUAGCUUUUCUUCCAACAAGUUUGCUUGUAUUUUUGAACAAUAUAUUUGUUGAGAAAAACAGUGAUGUAAAAAUAGCUACUAUAGGCCAAGCAAUAAUGCAAGCAUGCAUACCUAGAAAUGUCAUUUGCCCAUUACAAUUAGGUCUACUCUAUGUGAUUGCAGGAAAUAUUGGAGACAGUAUAUGCUCCAAACGCAUGUUGACAGGGAAGUCUGUUCAAAGAGCUGUAAGAGGUCAUUUCAUGAUAGAUACUGCUCUCAAUGCUUUGUUGAUGUCUACAUUGUACGACCGACCACUGCACACACACGUUUCUGGCCAAUUGAGUGAUCAAGAUGAAGAAAAUGCAAAUGAAUCAACCAUCAGUAUUCCACACUUAAGUGAAACAAGCGAAUCAGAGCAAUCAAGACAAACAUUAGAUGAUACAGAUUCUAAUGUUCAGCAUGAUGAUUUAGAAGCUAUCAGCAAUUUAUACGACGCAAUUACAAAUGGUACUGCAUCAUUGGACGAUACAAACACAAACAUAAACCUAAAAACGAUUGAUGAAAAAAGAUCAAACUUCAGACGAAGGCUGAAAGACAAUAGAACAACACAGCUUUGGUUUCAAUACAUGGACAUGGUAUCACUUCUGCAGGAAUUCUUAAUGGCUGAGAGAAUAGGCGAUUGGGAAGGUCACUUAUCAGUUGUUAAAAGCAUGUUACCCUAUUUUGCCGCUGCGGGUCAUACACACUAUCCGAAAUCAUGCUACCUGUACCUAAUGGAUAUGAUGAAAUUGCCCAAUGAUCAUCCAGACAUAAACAAAGCUUUCUUACAAGGAUUUCAUGUGGUCAGAAGAACAGCUCGAUACUGGGCUGGCUUGUCAACAGAUUUGAUCAUCGAGCAAGUUUUGAUGCGUUGCCUAAAAACAUGUGGUGGACUUACGCGCGGAAGAGGAUUAACUGACAAAGCAGAAAAACUUAGAGACAAAAUCUUUGUGUUUGCAAAUGCACCCUUUGAAUUAACCUUGUCUUUGAGGAAGCGUGAAGCUUAA